UGCACCGCGAGGAUGUGGCGGCUAUAAAAGCCCCACCCAGGGCAGCCAGCUCUGCUGCACAACUGGGGACGCUCGCUGCUCUCGGCGCCCGGCCCAGCUAUUAAAGGACUGUAUUGAUUGACAUUAUGCUGGCUUUCACGGCCAUUAGUUUCCUGACUAAUUUCUGAUUUAAGUAGUUUUCUUGGCAAGCUUCUUUCAAAAUGUCUACUGUUCACGAAAUUCUCUGCAAGCUCAGCUUGGAGGGUGAUCACUCCACUCCCCCAAGCGCAUACGGGUCGGUCAAAGCAUACACCAAUUUUGAUGCUGAGCGUGAUGCUCUGAACAUUGAAACGGCCAUCAAGACCAAAGGUGUGGAUGAGGUCACCAUCGUCAACAUUUUGACCAACCGCAGCAAUGAACAGAGACAGGAUAUUGCCUUCGCCUACCAGAGAAGGACCAAAAAGGAACUUACAUCAGCACUGAAGUCAGCCUUGUCCGGCCACCUGGAGACCGUGAUUUUGGGCCUCUUGAAAACACCUGCUCAGUAUGAUGCUUCUGAGCUGAAAGCCUCCAUGAAGGGGCUGGGGACUGAUGAGGACUCCCUGAUUGAGAUCAUCUGCUCAAGGACCAACCAAGAGCUUCAGGAAAUUAACAGAGUCUACAAGGAAAUGUACAAGACUGAUCUGGAGAAAGACAUCAUUUCUGACACAUCCGGUGACUUCCGCAAGCUGAUGGUUGCCCUUGCAAAGGGUAGAAGAGCAGAGGAUGGCUCCGUCAUUGAUUAUGAACUGAUUGACCAGGAUGCUCGGGACCUCUAUGAUGCUGGAGUGAAGAGGAAAGGAACAGACGUGCCCAAGUGGAUCAGCAUCAUGACCGAGCGGAGUGUGUGUCACCUCCAGAAAGUGUUUGACAGGUACAAGAGCUACAGCCCUUAUGACAUGCUGGAGAGCAUCAAGAAGGAGGUCAAAGGAGACCUGGAAAAUGCUUUCCUGAACCUGGUCCAGUGCAUUCAGAACAAGCCGCUGUAUUUUGCUGACCGACUGUACGACUCCAUGAAGGGCAAGGGGACUCGCGACAAAGUCCUGAUUAGAAUCAUGGUCUCUCGCAGUGAAGUGGACAUGUUGAAAAUUAGGUCUGAAUUCAAGAGGAAGUACGGCAAGUCCCUGUACUACUGCAUCCAGCAAGACACGAAGGGCGACUACCAGAAAGCGCUGCUGUACCUGUGCGGUGGGGAUGACUGAGCCCAUGACAGCAUGAGCGCCAGGAGCGGUGUUCCUUUGUUUUCAGCUAACAGUUCUAGAAAAUAGCUCGUGACUAACAGCCCCCUUAUGCUCAUCCCUGCGAGGAUGACGUUAGCAUUGCCCCUUCCCCAUCUUUAUUUCAGUUGCCUAAGCAUUGCCUGCCUCUCAUGUCUAGUCUCUUUAGCCAAAGAAAUGAACAUUCCAAGGAGUUGGAAGUGAAGCCUAUGAUGUGAAACACUUUGCCUCUUGUGUACUGUGUCAUAAACAGAUGAAUAAACUGAAUUUUUACUUUAUAAACAA